GCCGUUCUUCAACCGCCGGUCUUACCCACUGCGAGAAGCCGGGAACCCGUGUUGAUCCUUGUUAUGUAAGCAAAUUCAUAACAAUACAUACUGGACAUGUAUAUAUAAAUAUAUAGCGCCGCAUGAUGCCAGACCCCGCGGAAGCAGAGACUGAGACACGACCGGCCGCGCGACGAUGGUGGUGGCCGUGGGCAGUUGCCGACGAGCCCGAAGAGCGAACAUCUGCUAGCGCACCAGUUCGAAAUUUUUCCGACCUGCCAUCGGCACAGGAGGAGGUGGUUGGCCCGGAUGCUGAGGUGCCAAGACCGAUAGCAAGAGCCUCGCUGUUCCAAUGGCGUGGCUCAGUGCGAAGCAGCGUUGAUCGUCUUAAGGGCUCGUGGAGGACCUCAUUUGCCCCGCGGUUCACGUUGUACAACAUAGAAAGGCCGGAGGAGCCCGAAAGGGAGCGCUGCUGCCCCCGGCCUGGUCUGGCGCUGGUGCUGACGGCGCUGGUGAUCUGCACGGUGGUGGUGGUGGUGGUGCCCGUAUGCACCAAGUACGACUGCGGCGUGUCGGGCAGCCAUGGCGGUGGCAACAACGCCGCCGUGCAGCCGUCGCAGCAGCGGCCCAGCAGUUUCGACAUAGUGGCGUUUCAAGCGCUUUUGCAGAUGAGCUGGACUGCUGCUGGCGGCGGCUCAGUGCUAGUGCCUGCCGGCUCAACGCAGCAGCAGCAGCAGCAACAGGCCGCGUGCGCACAGCUGGCCGGCGUAAAUAGCAGUAGCAACACCACAGGCCGUGGCAAUAGCAGCAUUAGUGGCAAUGGGUUAACGCUCAACGCGAGCAUAACUCAGGGCGUGCAGGAGACCCUGGGGCAGCUGGGGGCGCCGGGGUUGCCAGUGCGUGUGGUGCGUGUAACAUGCACCCAGCAGCAGCCGCUGGCGCCAACCACCACAUCCGUCACGCAGCGGGCAACUGCCUCGGCAAUCAUGUCGGCGACGGGCAGCAAUAGCAAUGGGAGCAGCAGCAGUGGUAGUGGUAGUGGUAGCAGCAGUGCCACGCAUGCUACUGCCGCCGGGCGGCGGCAAGCGCGGCGGCUGCUGCUCCUCCGCGAUGGCGGCAGUGCCCUACAGACGCCUGGCGUUGGGAGUGACAGCCGCAGCAGCAGGCGGCUAGCAGCAACCGCCACCGCUGUCGUCACGUUGGAAAUCGUUUUCGAGGUGCAGGUGCCGACUGCGAGUGGCAUGGCGGGGCUGGUGACGGCGGUGCGGAACACGAUGCAGAGCACAGACGGAGCCGCGGCAUUGGAGCAGCAGCUCGCAGACAGCCUGCAGCCGCUGACCGGCAGUAGCACCACUGUGCGGCUGCUACAGCCGCUGGCCGCCACUGGGCCGCAGCUGGAGGUGCCCGGCGGCGGCACGCCCUCGCCGGCGGCGCCCAAUUCCAGUGUGCCGUCACCGUCGCCGCGGCCGGUAGCGAGCGCAGCACCGCCACCGCCGCCGCCACCGGCGCAGUCAGCGCCGCCGCCGCCAGAUGCGGGAACGGCGCCGGUGCCGGCCAAUGCCCCGUCGCCGUCGCCGCAGUCAGCAGCAUCGCCCCAGCCUGAAGCCGCGCUGCCACCUCCUGCACAGCAGGCCGGCUCGCAACCGCCGCCCCCGUCCGCACCCGCGCAGCUCACGCCUCCGCCUCCGCCACGCACCCCGGCCUCCCCACCGCCUGCAGUACAAGGUGUCCCGCUGGCGCCCUUCCCGCCCUGGCCGCCUUUGCCCGUGGGCACGGUGGCACCUGCGCCCUCCCCUCCUGCGCUGCCUGCCGACAGUUUGUCACCGCCGCCGCCGCCGCCGCCGGAGACAGAGCCGCCUGUUGCUGAGGGGUCACCGCAGCAGUCGCCGCCUCCAGUGGCGGGCGGUGACGGGGGCGGUGGUACGGAGCAGCCGCCGCCGCCGCCAACAUAUCCUCCGCUGUUGGACCUCAGUGUUAACGUGCUGCUGUCGCGGGACGGGGCUGGCCGCCGGUGAGGGCGCAGGGAGGCUGCGGGCAUGAGAGCGUGGCGAGCGGCUUGCUGCCACUGGUGAGCUUGAUGCUCCGUGUGGGCAUGGGCGUGGGAGUUUUGCAUCAUGUGUAAAUCUUUAGAGAGGGCAAGAGUGCGAGAGAGCUUGUGAAGCGCGUGCUGCAUGCGUGUGUGCAAAUCUAGAGUGUGCCCUGUGCUUUUGCUAGGCCAAAUGUGUGCCAGCAUUGAGCAUCCUCCUCGUGUGGAGGGCCAGGUCGAGGCCUAGGGAUGUAGUUGCGCGACAGGCACGUGCAUGCGACAAGUACCUAUGUACGUGCCAGCAGGAGUUGGCGAUUGAGUUGCAGGAUGAGCGUAUCCUCGUUCUGUGCGCUUGUACUCUGUUUGCGAGGUUGCAGGUCUGUGUCUGCGUGUGAGCAAGCAGGCGCUUCGCGAUGAGCAGAUGUCGGGCGGCUGAACAUGAACCUUACAGUGCCCUCCACGGUUGCGACAUGCCCCCACAGUAAUAGGGCCGUCCGUGGCUCUCGCCAACGCUGUGUCCCCACACGCCGAAGCAAUGUGUUGAGUUUGCGCCUAGAACAGACGACCACUCAGGACGGUUUACAAAUGAACUCAAUCUUCCAUGGUGGAGGGACGAGGAAUGCAUUACACACCCGGACAUCUCAACUGGACCAUGCUCCGGUGUCCUCGGUGCCGGUGUCCUCGGCGCCAACGCCGCGGCAGCACUGCGUCUGACUGUCUGAGUGUGAGCAGACAGGGGCGUCCGACAUGAGUACAUGUAUAAUCACACAUGACUUUGGGGUAGGAAGUACGGCCGCCGGACGUGAUCGCCACAGGGCGGACGACUGCCGAAAGGCGAAACACCAUACCUAACCGACUAACCGCCCCACAACACCUACUAUCCCUGUAAAAUACCUUCACA